AUGCCUGUGUUUUACACACCUAUACCACAGAAUCUGAGAGUGGGUUUGGCUAAUGUCAGCGGCUCAGUGUUUUUAAAUAACAGGACGAGAGACAGUGAAUAUCUCAGGGACUUUUAUCAAGAUAAUGAAGGGUGUACUGAGGUCUCCUCUCAUCUUCCACUGCAGAUGCUGCUCUAUUUCAACAGCUUCUUCUUUCCUUUCUGGUGGAUUUCUGAGGUUGUUAUGCUAAACGUAAAGUUUGCUUUACUGGCCAUGUAUUACCAGUGUUUGCUGGUGACAGGACUGGUGCUGAUCAGCAUAUUUGAAGGGUUGCGUGUGUAUCUGGGUUAUGUCGGGAACCUCAAAGAGAAGGUUCCAGAGUUAGCUGGAUUCUGGCUGCUGUCCUUUCUGUUCCAGCUGCCAAUCCUCCUCUUUUUCAUGACGGAUCCAGACAUCAUCAUCCUGCCUCUGGAGCGAGCCGUUCACUCUCUCUACCUGACCUUCCUGCUGGCCGAGAUCCUGGCCUCGUUUCUCGCCUUGCGUGUCAUGACUCGUAAACUCGCCCUGCAGUUUCACAUGAGACAGUUUGGUCCAAUACAGAGUCUUCAUACAGUAGAAGCCCUGCCUAUGCUUGGACUAUCGCAUGGGAGCAGGAGUGUGUUGCCUGUGAUGGAUAUCCCUCAGCCCCAGUGA